AUGGCGUUGUCGAUGCCACUGAAUGGGCUGCAGAAGGAGGACAAAGAGUCCAUUAUCGAGCUCUUCGUCAAGGCUGGCAGUGAUGGUGAAAGCAGAGGAAACUGCCCCUUUUUCCAGAGGCUUUUCAUGAUUCUUUGGAUCAAAGGCAUUGUAUUUAGUGUCACUACCCUUAACCUGAAAAGGAAGCCUGCAGACCUGCAGAACUUGGCUCCCGGGACCCACCCACCAUUUAUAACUUUCAAAAAUGAAGCCAAAACAGAUGUAAAUAAGAUUGAGGAAUUUCUUGAAGAAGUCUUAUGCCCUCCAAAGUACUUAAAGCUUACACCAAAACACCCAGAAUCAAAUACUGGUGGAAUGGACAUCUUUGCCAAAUUCUCUGCACAUAUCAAGAAUUCAAGGCCAGAAUUGAUUUAG